AUGUGUUUUCUGUUCCAGCGUGACUAUGCCCCUGUGCACGAUGCCUAUAAGGACAUUGUUUGGGUUUGGUGUGAGAAGAAAAUGCAGCAGCUUCCACAGACAAAAGGCAAGGGGUUGUUGAUGUUCGCCCAGCGGCGUCAAAGGAUCGAUGAAAUCACUGCCGAACAAGAGGAGAUGAGGCGUAAAAGCAUAUUGAUGGAAGAAGAAUUAACAUCAAAGACAGACCCUGGACAUGACAUUGUGCAAGUCAAGCAAGAAUUUCCUAAUAAGGAUAGUAAAAAUCAACAGUCGAUCAUUCAGCAGUCGAACACUGGUAUGAACGGUCUCGAUUCCUGUCACGUUUCCUCAUCACCAAAACCCCUUGUGCCCAACAGAACUGCAAAACCUUUUCUAACUUGUCAUAAUCAAUCCCCGAGACCUUAUUCUCCUGCUAAAAGUGCCUCAAGCCCAACGAUAUCUUCAAAAAACCUGUUUAGGGUGCCUGUUCCAGUAAACACAACCCCUCAUGUUUGGUCACCCACAGGGGAUAUCAUCGCCUCUCGUGAUGAACGUAUAGUGGUGCCAGCCAUCAAAACUGGCAUUCUCCCAGAAGUUAAAAGAAGAGGAGCAAAAAAAAAAUAUUCCAAUGAGCCUCCAGAGGAUGACUUUUUUGGUCUUGGUGCAGAGGCUUGUAAUUUUAUGCAAACAUCAACAGUCCGUCAGAAAAAUCCUCCAGCAGUCCUUCCAAAGCCUACUAUCAACCUGGCUUGUCCACCAUGGUCUGCAGAGAGUCAUGGCUCUCGUAGUCCUGUCUCGGCGUUAAGUCCUUCACCUCAACAAAGCUGGCCUACAUCCCAGUCUCAGCCAUCUACCAAACCCAAGGCUCCGACGCCAACACAGCCAGUGUCACAGCAGCAUGGGUCUGGCCGGGUACCACAUCAGGCACCAUCAGGUAUCAAUAGUCCAACUGCAGCAUAUCCAUCACAAUCAAAGUUCUCAUGGAAUAAGCCCCAGAAGGAUACCGGUUCUGUAGUUUCCUGUCCACCCCAACAACAGAAAUCUCACUAUCAUGCACCCAAAGCUCGACCAGUUUAUCAGAGUGGACACGCAUCAGAAAUAGGUCUCUCUGAUGGCACAGUCCCUAAGGGAAAAGGUGCAGAACUUUUUGCCAAACGUCAGUCUCGUAUGGAAAUGUUUGUGGUAGAUGCUGAGACCGUACAGUCCAAUAAACCAAGAUCCCCAUCUCCUACACUCUCCAUGCCAAGCGCCUGGAGAUUUUCUUCUAUUGUCAGAGCCCCUCCUCCAGUAUCCUACAACCCGAUAGUAUCCCCCUUUUACCCACUUGCAGCACAGAAGCAGUCCCCUCAUGCAACUAGCCCCAAAACAAAGCCCAAAGGAAACAAAGAAAAACAACAACCUUCACCCAAACAACUCAGUGUCAUGGAGGUGAUGAAACAUCAGCCAUACCAGCUGGACUCCUCUCUAUUCAGCUACAACUCUAAUGCCGAAGUGAAGAAUCCUAGCCCCAUAACAUCCACUAUUCCUCCUUCAGAGUCAAAGCAAGCCCACACCAAUGCCCCUACCUAUAUGCAGGGUGUUAUGGCUAAACCUAGUGGACCGGUGAGUGUUCCAAACCUUUUUACUCAUCAAGCCACUUCAGCUAAAGCUUCUCCUGCUCCACAGCAUGGACACGGGAAACUUCCAGCACCGCACAUAAUGCACGAUGGCCCAGACCACAAAUCCUUGUCCAGCCACUUUGCACCUGUCACUAGCACUGCUAGCAAUACGAUUAUAGCUCCUUCCUCUUUUCCGCUUACAAGUGAAAUGAUUGCUAGAUGUGCUUUGCCAAUUGCACCAAGGCCUAAAUUUUGUGCCACAAAGGCACCUGUUGUUGGAAAGCAAUGGAAACGGGUGGUUAUGCAACACUAAGGGUAUAUAUAGCAGCAAAGUAAAAUGCAAAAUCGCUGGCCACUUAAGAGCUGUCACAAAAAUGCAAGUAGGUUUUGCUCGACUGUAGUCCCAUACCAAGCCAAAACCCAACAAAUAAACCACCAUCAAAAUGGUAAAAAUGUACAUAUCAUAAAUAUGCCGAAAUUUUUCCUGAUGUUUCUCUUUGGCUCUGGCUUGGUUGCAACAGCGGACAAAAUCUGGUCUUGCAGGCCACACAAAUGCAUCAAAGUAUAAAAUAAAAUAUUACAGUAAUGUAUUACAAUAAUUAUAGGCCUAGAACCUAAACUGUUCUAUGUGUCACUGUCCACAAGUUGAGAAAUCUUGGUCUAAUAAAUCUUCAAAAUAGGAAUCUACACACUAUUGUUGAUGGUAAACAUUACAGCACUGAUAAACCAAUCCAGACUCGAUCACCUUUUUCCAAAUUUCCUAUAAAGUCUGUGUGCCAGUAGCUCCCACCUGUAGUGAAACCUUCACCUGAAAAUCUAUAAACAAACUCGAUUCUACCACACAAGCAUCACCUAGAGGUUUUACAUUCACCUACUGUAGCUGUAACUUUACAGGUAUUGUCUGUUACAUGAACAGCUGAAAAGUAUUAAUAUUAGUAAUAUAAGUUAUUGAUUAAAACUUGGAAUUGGAAUCCAGUGAUGUCAGCUUUCUUUUUUUGAAUGUUUGUUUUUAUAUUUAUAUUAAAAUAAUGGAACUAGAGCUUUCAAAAUUUUGUAUUUAGUGACCUAAACAUUGCUUUUGUGUUAAUGGAACUGCAAAAAAAAAAAG